UCUUUGUUGAACCUUUGAAUGUGCAGGCCUUAGGGAACUAGUUGAUUUUCUUCCUGCUUCCCUUGCAACUAUUGUUAGCUACUUUACUGCAGAAGUUACUCGUGGAAUUUGGAAACCUGCAUCAAUGAAUGGAACUGACUGGCCAAGUCCUGCAGCCAAUCUUCACAAUAUUGAGGCUGAGAUAAAGGAGGUGCUAGCUGCUACUGGUGUGCAUGUCCCAAGCCUAACGGUAGGUGGAAAUGCACAAGCAACCCUUCCGUUACCUUUAGCUGCAUUAGUGAGCCUUACAAUAACAUUCAAGCUGGACAAAUCGGCAGAGUUUCUUCAUGGUGUUGCUGGACCAGCACUGGAAAGUACUGCAGCAGGGAGUCCAUGGCCUAGUACACCAAUUGUUGCAGCACUGUGGGCUCAAAAAGUACGGAGGUGGCAUGAUUAUAUUGUUUUCUUCAGUUCACGCACUGUUUUCAAACAAGAUAAGCAUGCUGUUGUUCAGCUUCUCAGAAGUUGUUUUGCAGCAUGUCUGGGUUCUUCUCAUACUUUGAUGUCAAAACUGACCGUUCAUGGUGGUGUGGGUGCACUCCUAGGCCAUGGUUUCUGUUCACACCUAGCUCCUGGUGGUAUGUCUCCUGUGGCUCCAGGCAUCCUAUUUCUGCGAACCUACAGAGCAAUUUAUGACAUAAUGUUUAUAACUGAAGAAAUUCUGUUACUUGUUAUUGGUUCAGCAAGAGACUUGGUGAAUGCUGUACCAAAUGCAGAAUAUUCUGGCCAAGCAAUUAACCCUCCACAUCGCCUGAAAUCUCAUCAACUCUCGCUGGCAAGUGCUAUAGAAAAAGUUAAGCAGGCAUCUACCUUAGGAGCUUCCCUAUUAUGUAUAACAGGUGGAUCAGGAUUGGUUCAAAUGCUCUAUCAAGAAACAUUGCCAACUUGGUUUUUAUCUGGAAAUGGGAUUAGAACUGGGGCAAAGUUUCCUCUUUUAGAAGGCUAUGCAAUAGCACAUUUUUCUAUUCUUUGUGGAGCAUGUGCAUGGGGAACAAGCACCUCAUUUCUUUCUAAGAGAAGAGCACAGAUUAUUAAUUAUCAUUUGUCAUUUGUGGUGAGUGCAUUGCAUGGAAAAAUUUCACUUGGAUGUGCACAUGCAACAUGGAAAGCAUAUGUAUUAGGCUUCCUGUCAAUGAUGGUUGCUUGUGUUCCCAACUGGGUUUCUGAGAUAAAUAUAGAGACUCUUAGAAGACUUGCUACAGGUUUGAGAUGGUGGAAUGAACCUGAACUCGCUCUUGCUCUUUUACAGAGGGGAGGUUGUACAGCUAUGAGUGCAGCUGCAGAACUUGUUAUGAGUUAUUAAGCCUUUUUGUCUCCUUGAGCAAUCAUAAUUUGCAGGUUAUUUUCUAUUCAUGCUGCACUUUUGUGUUGUCUGACUCUCUUUAUCUUUUGAGGAAUCUCUCUUGUUGAA